AUGGCGCAGCAUGACUUUGCUCCAGCCUGGCUUAAUUUUCCUACUCCACAAUGUGUCUGGUCUACCACUUGUGCUCCUUUACAGUCAUCACUGGACUCUGCGAAACAUCCUGAAAAUUUUUUGUGGGCAGGGAGUUAUUAUGAAGCUAAUCGCAGAAGACACAACUCUUCAGAUGGGCUUGGUCCUAGCAAUCGACAGCCUAAUGGAGGGCAUUCUUGGAGAAAAGAGAACACUGGCUGGCGUUGCCAAGGCAGAAGUGGUACAGAAGAUCUCGGCCACCCUGGGGGCUGCCACAGGGGAGGUUUCCGCCUGUGUGCCAGCACCUACCGCUGCGGAAGGGGACAGGGGCUGCAUGAAAACAAUGGACCUGAGAAAAUGAGAGACAAAGAAGAACCCAGACAGUUUGAGGCUGAGGAUUUUCCAUCUUUGAACCCUGAAUAUGAGAGGGAGGCCAACCAGAAUAAAUCUUCAGCUGGAGGUGUGUGGGAUUACCCUUUGCACACUAAGCCUACAUCUCCGAGAAUGCUGGCCAUGAAAACGAGCAGCUCAAAAGGACUGCAGACAGCCAGGUUCCCAGUCUCAGGAAGUCUUCCUUCACAGCCAGUAAGGAAUGGAACUGCCACAAGUAUUUACAGAACGUUAUUCCCUAAGCCUGUCACUCCACCAGCAAAGUCUACACAGUGGAAAAGCCAAGCGAAAGGAAGUAAAUGUGGGAAUCCAUUUCCUCUCAAAUCUGCGUAUGGUGUUCGCAAUUUCAGUCCUUUCAAAUCAACUGCCAAGGCAAUUAAUGUGUCACAGAAGUCAGUGAAAGAGUGUCAUCGGUCAAAUUCCUCAUCUCCUGUUGACAAAGCCGAACAGCCUCGUUUAGUAAAAUCGUCAAGAAUUCGGACUGACAAGAAGAGUGAAUUUUUGAAAGCUUUGAAACAAGACAGAGUGGAAGAGAAACAUGGAGAUGAGAAUGAUGCUGGGCAGGAGAAGAAUGAUGAAUCCUUUAACUUAUAUAAUAGCAACAGUCCUCAUCAUGAGAGAGAUGUAAACCAAAACUUUGAAAAUGAAAUUCCACAGGAGAAAUGCAGUGAUUCAGUUACAUCUCAACAGAUCAUUCCAUCUUCAGCUUUCUCUCAGGCAGAUGUUCUUUCAAGCUCACUUGAGGCAGAGCACAGGUUGUUAAAGGAGAUGGGCUGGCAGGAAGACAAUGAAAAUGAUGAAGCAUAUGCUCCACUAACAGAGGAAGAGAUGAGAGAGUUCCAAGUCAUUACUGAACAGUUUAAAAAAAAUGGCCUUCGAAAAAAUGGCAUUUUGAAAAAUGGCCUCAUACGUGAUUUUAAAUUUAACCCCUGGAAAAACAGCACUUUCAAACCUCCUUUGGAGAAUGAGGAUUCUGAGACGAGCAGCAGUGAUACAUCAGAUGAUGAUGAUGUGUGAAGAUCUCUUGUCAUCUGCAGAAGCCUGUUCUGAUGUCUCAAAAAUUUGGGGA